CUCAAUAUCGAAACUAGCCAUGAGACCACAUAUUAAUAAGUAUCUUUUAUCUAAACAGCACUUGGGUCGCGCGGUGCAGAUCCUGAUCUCAUUCAUUCCCCGCGCAAUCUCCAAUUACGCAGAAGUAAUGCCAUUUACGCACAGCUCCAACGCCCCUCCUCAGAAGAUCCAAAAAUGACAUCACGUUUUGCAAUUCCCACGUUCAGUCCAACAAGCCAGUACGGGGCUUCUCUCCUUCUUGCCAUUUCCACAGAAACUCUAAGAAACUAGUUCACUGUAGAAACAAAGACCACGGAUUACUUUUUUUUUUUUUUGCGUGGACGUGGAAGCUGGGAUUCAGAUUUUUAUCAUGACAGGGAAACUUUUGAAGUUUUUCUCCCUCAUACCAGAACACUGAAUUGUUUUGGUUUUUUUUUUUUGCUCUAGAGCUGUUAUUAUUAUUUAUCUGUAUUUCAAAGUGUGGACACAUGGACUGAUCAGAAGUUGACACAACUUGGAAUAAUGAGCAACUCCUCUUGGAUUCAUCUUCAUUUGGGGAUUUAACAGUUGUUUUAGAGAGGACUGCUACAAUUUCUAAAAGUAAUGGAAUUUUCUUUGCGGAUUCACUUUUUUACAGCUUUUGUCUCGUGUAUUAAGGUUUAUGCUCAAGUGGUACAACCUGUGAAGCAUCCAGGCCUGCAGGUGUUGGCCACGGCCUCACAUUAUUGGCCCCUUGAUGCUGUGGACGGAAUCCAUGAACUGUGGGACCAGAUUGGAAACAGACCAGGUUAUGUUAACGGAAGUAACAUAACUCUCAGAAUCCACAACCACACUGUGCUCCCUUCCUCCCAUAACUCUUCCUAUGUGUAUACCAAUGACUCUGCCUACACUAACAUUUCUGCAACAGUAGAUAUUGUUGAAGGAAUGGUCAACAAGGGCAUCUUUCUGAAUGGAGAUAAUGGUGGCACCUUUCUCCACUUUGGAAACUACCAGAACUCUUGCAUUAGUGACCCUACUUGGUGUGGGCCUGAGGGGAUUACCUUCUCCUUUUUUUGGAAGAACCAUGAGUCAGAGUCCCGUUUUGCUGUAGCCUCUGGAGGGAAAGUUAUCUCUAAUGGCUUCUCUGUCUACACCAACCCCUAUGGAGGAUAUGUGGAGUUUUACACUCGAGGCAACAACCACAGAUGGAAGGCCAACAUCCAAGUUCCAGGGCCUUACUGGACCCACAUUCUCUUCACAUGGACGAAAAAGGAUGGUCUAAAAGUCUAUAUCAAUGGGACCUUCACUGUUGGUGACACAGUUGGCAGUGUCUCAGAGAACUACGGAGAUCCCUACCCUGACCUUGUCAUCGGGACUGGCAAUGACAGGGCUUAUGGUCACUACGUAACAGGCGCUUUUGACGAGUUUGUCAUCUGGGAGAGGGCCCUUUCACCUCACGACAUUUUGCUCUAUUACAGUGCAGCCACAGGUCAGCCCAUAGUCCCUGUCACAACACCCACAGUCUCCCAAGAAGUCACUUCAACUACACCAACAGUUAGAGCCACUGAAGUGAGUCCUCCUGUCGUCAGCAGUCAGCGUGAGGAGGUCCAAAGCUCCCAGGACCCAGAGUCAUUGCCGUACUUCCUUAAGGCGCUGCCCAAUAGGACCAUUCCUCACAACACUGCCAACAACCUCACACAGGCUUUUCUCAAAAGUGUGGAAGAAGUGCUGUCCUCUCCAGGACUGCCUGAGCAGUCCAUCCCUGUGGUCAGCGGUCUGAUCGAGACCGUGGACAGAGUGAUGGAACACAUGGUGACUAACCUGGAGCCCAGCCCGAACUCUCUCAUCUCCCUGGGUGGAACGUCUUUUGUUGCAGAUUACUCUCUGAUGAAAUUCCCACAGAACUACAACCUGCCACAUUACCGCUUCCCCACACAAGGCAAGAAUUACAUCUCCGUGCCUGGAGAGGCUUUGACCAUGCAGUCUCAAACCACCAUCGUUGGCCUCUUUUACCACAACAUGCACAACUACUACAAAGAGAUCAGCCCCAUCAAGACCAGGAUUAACGAAGCAUCUGAUUUCAAGGAUCACAAGAUCCAGGUAGCAAGCUGUCUGAUCUCUUUGAAAGUGGAGCCCUCCCCGGCCCUGUCAGUCAACCUCUCUGGAGCACCACUCAUCAAGAUUGUUCUCACCCACAUCCUGACUAAAGAGCAGCAAGAACAAGUCCUAAAUCAGAGCAAUAAAGUCUUCCUCUACUGUGGCUUCUUGGACUACAGUUCAAAUGAGGGAGUAUGGUCCAAUGAAGGCUGUGUACGCUCAGAUGGAAACAUGACAUACUCUGUGUGUUUGUGCAACCACCUUACCAACUUCGCCAUACUAAUGCAAGUGGUGCCCUUGAAGCUCACAACUGGCCACAAGGUGGCACUAUCAACCAUUGGUUAUGUUGGCUGCUCUGUCUCCAUCGUCUGUCUUGCCAUCACUCUGGUCACUUUUGCAGUUCUGUCGUCAGUGAGUACCAUCCGUAACCAACGCUACCACAUCCACGCCAACCUGUCCUUUGCUAUCCUGGUGGCUGAGAUCCUACUGCUUAUCAGCGCUCGCUUCGAGCCUGGAACGCUGCCUUGUAAAAUCAUGGCCGUCCUUCUUCAUUUCUUCUUUCUGAGUGCCUUCGCCUGGAUGCUGGUGGAGGGCCUCCAUCUCUACAGUAUGGUGGUCAAAGUGUUCGGCUCUGAGGGUAGCAAACACUUUUACUACUAUGGCAUCGGCUGGGGCUCUCCAUUGGUCAUAUGUGUGGUGUCUGUGACGUCAGCUCUGGACAGUUAUGGCAAGGUUGACAACUGUUGGCUGUCACUGACGAACGGGGCCAUCUGGGCAUUUGUGGCACCGGCUCUGUUUGUCAUAGUGGUGAACAUUGGCAUCCUAAUAUCUGUGACCAGGAUCAUAUCUCGAAUCAGCGGAGAGAGUUACAAGGUUCAUGGAGAUGCCAAUGCAGUCAAGCUGACUGUAAAAGCAGUGGCUGUGCUCCUGCCUAUACUUGGCAUUUCCUGGAUUUUUGGCGUUCUCGCUGUCAACACACACUCUUUGCCAUUCCUUUAUAUUUUUGCUGUAUUCAACUCAUUACAAGGGUUCUUUGUCUUCUUGUUUCACUGUCUUCUCAACUCUGAGGUCAGAGCUGCUUUCAAACACAAAACCAAGGUGUGGUCUCUUACCAGCAGCUCCAUCCGAAACAUCAAUGUGAAGCCAUUCAACUCUGACAUUAUGAAUGGAAACAAGGAGGGCGUGACUCCCACCAAGAUGAACACAUGGGACAAGAGCACUAACUCGGCCAAUCGCAUCGACCUCUCCGCCGUGUAGGACCAUUUCUGUCUGUGGCCGGAGAGCAAUCUGAAGCUAACUAGUGUAGAAUGACAAACACUGGCCACUGCUCACUAUGUUAUGUAAGGAAUUGGACACUCAUCUGCUCAUGUGAAAGUGAUACCAAAGGAGGUAGCUGAAUAAUGGCUGCACCUUUACGGACAAACAGACUCUGAGGACUGUGCCUUAUUAUUAUCUAAUCAAAAACAUAUUGUGUUCCCAAAAACAAGAGUAGGGAUUUCUUAGGAGGCCAGUGAGAAUCUUAACACCCAGGAGUGCAGUUCAGGGUCUGGCAACAACGCUCUGUAUAGUGGAGCUACUAGAUCUGGCUGUGACAUGGCCCAUCUAUACGUAUUCUGCAGCUGAUUUAUUAAUUGACAAUGAAAUAGUUAAACGUUUUGGGAGAUUACUUAUUUGUUUUCUUGCUGAGUGUUGGAUGAAAGAUUGAUAUCACUUUCAUUCCUGUUGAGUUAAUAUGAAGCCACUGCCAGCAGCUGGUUAGGUUAGCUUAGCACAGAGACUGGAAACAGGGGGAAACAGCUACCAGCUAGCUGUCUAAAGGUGACAAAAUAUGUCUGUCAGGACCUCUAAAGCUCAUUAAUCAGCAUACUAUAUCUCAUUAAUCUUCACCAAAACAGAAGAGUAAAAAUGAUACAUUAUUUUUUUUACAGUCAGCCCAGACUAGCUUUCCAAUAUUUGUGCUAUGCUAAGCCAAAGUAAUCUGCUGCUAACAGUAUAUUUAGCGUACAGAUAUGAGUGCAGGAGAGAUCUUUUCAUCAAACUCUCAGCAAGAAACCAAAACAGCUUAUCUCCCAUAAUGUCAAAAUGUUCCUUUAAAGGUUCAGCGUGUACGAUUUAGGGGAAUAUAUUGGCAGACAUGCAGCAUAAUAUUAUGUUUCUUUAGCGUUUAAUUACAGGAAAAUAAAAAUCAUUUUUUUGGUUACCUUACAAUGAGCCAUUUAUGUCUACAUAGGGAGCGGGUCCUCAUCUAUAGAGUCUGCCAUGUUUCUACAGUAGCCCACAACAGACAAACUGAACACUGGCUCUAGAUAGGGCCAUUCAGUUUUUGCGUUUUCUUAUACAUAACUACGGUGCGUCGGCCACAGUAGUUAGCAGCCCCUCUGCAAUAAGCUGAACAGUGUCAGAAAAACACUGAUUUUUAAAAUGAAACUGCUCACUCCUCAAACUUUUUGUUGUUUUUACCAGUUAAAAUCGCCAUGUCUGUUUGUUUUGGAGGUAAGGAGACCUCUGCGGAUAAUUUGGCUCCUGGUAAAAACCUCCUGAUCAUCUGAAUCUUGGGUUAUCUGAGAAAAAAGGGGAGCAUACAUUGGCAGGUGCUGGGCCCGUCUGCGAUGAGCCUAGCAGCAUCAGAGAAACACUGACUUGUAACGUGACAUUGCUUUAUUUCAUGUUUUUAUCAGUUUGAAUUACCUGAUCCAUUUGUUUUCGAGAGGAGGAGACCUCUGCCGAUAAUUCGGCUCACAAUAAAAAUCUCUUGAACAAUGAACACUGAAGGAAUUCUAACCGGGAGUUCUCGCUUGGCACACGGAAGAAAUCUCAGCUGGUUGCAACCUCACCGCUAGAUGCCACUAAGUCUGUCACACUGCUCCUUUAAAUUACAGUGAUGUGUUUUGACAUGUAAUUUGUCUCACACAAUGAAACAGUGUAAAUGCAUCAGCUGUAAUUUACUUGCAGAAAAUGUAACGUCUGAGACGAUAAAUAUUUUCAGGGUGCGGUUGGAGACAAAUGCAUAAACUUGGAUAAUAAAUGACCAAGGAAAGCAGUAUAUUUUCCUUAUGUAUAGUGUUAGCUUUGUGCCUUAAAACAAUGAUGUUUUCACCAGCUGUUAAUAGUAUUCAUCACCACAAAGGAAUAAUUGCUUUUUUUUUACCUGGACGAACUUCUCCAAGUUUCACACGAUUCACACAACUUUGAAACAACGUUGGGGACAGCGCAACACAACAACUGCGUUAUAACAAUGGGUGAUGUACCAUCGAAUUAGACCCUAUGUAAUUCUGAUAUAAUGUAUUUAUUUAUUGAGUUCUGUAUCAUGUCUUCCACAAAGUGUCACAGCUCAACAAUCAGUAUGUUUUCAUGUUAAAUACUGUGUCUGUUUGUGUGUUUUCUCUCUUGAAAUGGACUGGUAUAUUUGCAGACACUCUUUCCGAGGAAUAGUGAAUACUGCUUGUGUUUCGGACACAAUUCUGUGAAGUUUUAUGGAGUCUUUAGCUGUUUCUGUUGCCAAUUUCUUUUACAUUUUCAUACAUUUUUUGUACAGUACAAGGAAAUAUGUUCUACAGCAGAGGGACUUGAUGAGAUUGUUGCUUUUUUUUUCUUACCAUACUGUGAGAAAGGAGGGAGAGAUGACAUCAUUUAAAAUGUCAUUGAUCUUACACUGUACCAACAUUAAGUUUCCUAAAACAGGAUUUACUGUAAGUCACUCUGAGCUCACUUAUAAUGUCAAAUUUAAAGUUAAAUAUUUCAACAUGUCUAUGCUUGUAAUGCCUUUAGUGAUUGUUGUCUUACGGUACUAUUGUUUGUGCUUCCAGUUAUCUUUAUUAUAAAAUGUUUAUGACAAGAAA